GCGGACUUUCGAAUCCUUUUGAAAUUGAACUUUAUUGAGCACCAGUUCAAGGAGGCGAAGAAUGUUGGAAAACUGAGAAAGUACCUUCACCAAGUGGUUUGUUCGCAGAUAGAAGAGAAAUCCAACUGGUUCAAAGAGUGUAACCUGGAGCGUUACCACGUGCAAAGCGAGCACAUAGAUGUGGUGAUUUUGCUGAACGUCUCAUUGUCCGAAACCGGAUCUGGCAUCCUCAGCGACCUCAGAUCACAUAACAUUAGAUCGUUUACGACAAACCGGCAUCUAAGUGUCAUCUUCGGGCAAUGUGCCUCUGCGGUGGAUAUUGCGGAAGAAGAAAUGAGAGGAGUGGCUAAAAAAUGCCAUACGUAUAAGCAACCCACAAUUCUAUUAUUCUUGGAUUUUCAAAGCGCAUUCGAUUCGGUGGAUCGGUCUGUUCUCCUUGACAAGCUUGCUCACCGAGGAACGCCCCGAAAAGUUCGUGAACAUAAUAAGGCCUUUCUAUUUUCACACUUCCGGACUUGUGAAUUUAAAUCUCAACUGCUUUCCGACAAACUACGCGACAGAGCCAAAGAUCUAACAGUUACAGCAGAGGAAUUACUGGAGUUCGAUACGCUCUCUGUGGUCCAGGCUUCUAUGACCAUGGUGUCUACCCUUCCUGCCACUUCAUUGGAUCACAACGAAUACUGGAAUUUACCUUUGAAGAGCGUGAUUGAUUUGAUCGGAAAUCCUGGUGUGUGUGAAGCAAACUUCAAGUUGCCGAUCUAUGUUGACCUUGGUGAGCUAUGUUCAGUGUUGAACCCUGUGAUCUUAGUAAUAAUCCACCCGGGUGCGCAUCGAUGUCUCCUAAGAUUGCAACAAAAGGUUUGGGCGUCAAACGUUAAGCGCGAUGAACGAAUCAACAAACACUUGAUUAACCGCCUUAAACUAACCUUCUUCGUGAUUCUUCGUAGAUUCAGGUCAGCG